ACUUCGAGGCAGCAGUUAUUACCAUAAUGACAAGAUCUUAGGUCUGUAAAUCGACGCAUCUACAAGUUCUUGCCUUCACUUUUCGGCUACAGUACGGCCUCAGGACAGAGAUGACCGUGGCCGAGUAUCUGUCGCAGCUUGGCACCAACCCAUACUUUGGGGCUGGCUUUGGGCUCUUUGGGGUUGGUGCAGCAGCGGCAGUACUACGGAAGGGAAUGCAGAUAGGCAUGGUGCUGUUUCGGCGCCACUACAUGAUCACCCUGGAGGUGCCCUGUCGGGACAAGAGCUACCAGUGGCUGCUGCAGUGGAUCACACGGCACGCUCGCCACACGCAGCACCUGAGCGUCGAGACCACCUUCCUGCAGCCCGAGGCCGGUGGGAGUGCGCGCACCUCCUUCGACUUCAUACCCAGGGGCACCCACUUCUUUGGGUAUGGGGGCUCAUGGAUCCGAGUUGAACGCAGCCGGGAACAGCACACCUUGGACUUGCACAUGGGCGUGCCUUGGGAAACCGUGACGCUAACUGCACUGGGCCGAGACCGGCAACUCUUCUUCCGCCUCCUUGAGGAAGCUCGUGCCCUUGCCCUGGAGAAGGAGGCUGGCCGCACAGUUGUCUACUGUGCCAUGGGCUCAGAGUGGCGACCCUUUGGGCUGCCUCGGCAGCGGAGGCCCUUGGACUCGGUUAUCCUGGAUGCUGGCAUAGCCGAGCGUCUGCUAGCUGACAUCCGGGAGUUCAUCGCCAACCCCCAGUGGUAUGCUGAACGAGGCAUCCCGUAUCGAAGAGGCUACCUGCUGUAUGGGCCCCCAGGCUGUGGCAAGAGCAGUUUCAUCACAGCUCUGGCAGGUGCCCUUGAGUACAGCAUCUGUGUGCUCAACCUGAGUGAGCGGGGCCUCUCGGACGACCGGCUGCAGCACCUCAUGUCGGUGGCACCCCAGCAGAGCAUCAUCCUGCUCGAGGACAUUGAUGCUGCUUUUGUCAGCAGGGAGGAGAGCAGCACAGUUAAGGCAGCCUAUGAGGGGCUCAGCAGGGUGACGUUCAGCGGUCUGCUCAACAUGCUGGACGGAGUGGCCUCUGCCGAGGCGCGAAUCGUGUUCAUGACCACCAAUCAUCUGGACCGGUUGGACCCCGCCCUCAUCCGUCCUGGUCGCGUGGACGUGCGCGAGUUCGUGGGUCCUGCGAGCGACCAUCAGCUGGCGGCGCUGUUCCGUCGCUUCUACCCGCAGGAAGGCGAGGCGAUGCCGGCGCCUUCGUCCAGCCGUGCGGCAAGAGUUCGGAGAGAUGCCCCUGAGCAUGGCACUGGUGCAAGGUUACUUCCUCUUCCACAAGGAUGA